CCUCCGACUGCAACUGGGCAGUCACAUGAUCCUGCGCGGAGGAGAUGCAUUUCCGUGUUCACCGAGAGCUGAAUCAAUUACGCCACUGUUGUCAAAACUGAAUCGUUCACAGUGCGAAACGCAUUCAUCGAGAAACAGUGCAGUAUCGCUCAAGGGGGCAAUCAGACAUUUCGGACCACGGCAUGACCAUGCUGACACGGGUGAAAUCAGCGGUGACACAUUUUAUGGGGGGCAUGAUCGCUACUGGUGCAAAUGGGGACCAUUUGAGCGGUUCGGAUCUGCCGUUGAAAUUCCCGUACAUGAGACCCGAGUUCUUGGGGUUGUCCCCGGACGAGAUUGAGUGUUCAGCGGACCACAGUGCAAGACCCAUCCUCAUACUGAAGGAGAGUAAGAGGCUGCCCUGGUCUACCGGCUAUGCAGAGGUGAUCAACGCUGGGAAGAGUUCCCUGAACGAGGACCAGGCGUGCUGCGAGGUGCUGACCGUCAAACCCAAGCCUCCCGCCAGCGGCGCCGGGGCCAACCGGACCCCCACGUCCCGCCGGAGGUCCUCCCUGCCGAACGGCGAGGGUCUGGGCCUCCAGGAGAGCCUGGAGGUGUGCGAGGGCCUGACCCUCCACUACUGGGGUCUUUUCGACGGGCACGCGGGCUCGGGCGCGGCGGUGGCGGCGUCGCGCCAGCUCCACGGCCACGUCGCCCAGCAUCUCCAGGAAGUGCUGGACAUCCUGCGUCUGCCGGGCCAGCCGCCGCCCACCUGCAUGGGGGAGGAGCCUCUCAACCACCACCACCACCCCCACCACCAGCAGCAGCAGCAGCACCUCACGGCCACCGCCCAGCGCUCCCUGACCAGGGCCGCGUCCCUGCGGGGGGCCGCCGGCGCCCCCGCGGGGACGUCCGGCACGCCCCCGCCCCAGACGCGCUUCUUCACGGAGAAGAAGGUGUCGCACGAGAGCCUGGUGGUGGGGGCCUUGGAGAACGCCUUCAAAGACAUGGAUGUCCAGAUAGAGAAGGAUAAGGGGGUCUAUAAUGUCUCUGGGGGCUGCACAGCUCUUGCCGUCCUGUAUUUACUCGGCAAGCUCUAUGUGGCCAACGCUGGGGACAGCAGAGCUGUGAUCAUCCGGUCAGGGGAGGUCAUCGCCAUGUCGACCGAGUUCACCCCAGAGUCUGAGAGGCGGAGGCUGCAGUUCCUGGCCUACAUGCAGCCACACCUGCUGGGCAAUGAGUUCACCCAUCUGGAGUUCGCCCGGCGAGUUCAGAAGAAAGAGGUGGGGAAGAGGAUGCUGUACCGGGACUACACCAUGUCAGGCUGGUGGGUGAUUGCUCUGAUUGGCUCUCCCCAGGCGCGGGUCUUGGCUACCAUUGGCGUCACCCGAGGUCUUGGGGACCAUGAUCUGAAGGUGCAUGACUCCAACAUCUACAUCAAGCCUUUCCUGUCCUGCUGUCCAGAGGUCAAGGUUUACCCGCUCUCGCUGUUCGACCACGGCGCCGAUGACGUGCUAGUGCUGGGAACCGACGGCCUGUGGGACGUGCUGUCCAACCAGGAAGUGGCCGAGGCGGUCACCGGUUUCCUGGCCAACUGCGACCCCGACGACCAGCACAGGUACACCAUGGCCGCCCAGGACCUGGUCAUGCGAGCACGGGGCAUGCUGAAGGACCGAAGCUGGAGGAUUUCUGGCGACAGGCUGGGCUCCGGGGACGACAUAUCCGUCUAUCUCAUUCCCUUGAUGUACGGCAACACGCAAACGUAGCCGCGCCCCCUCGCCGCCCCCCCACCCCUGUUGUGUCUGUGUUCUCGUCAAUCAUUCGAUCCUCCGUGUCGAACGUCCGUUAAAGUGUCAUCAGAGCGAUUAUGAACACGGAACAUUAUUUAAAUCCCACAGGUUUUCUUCAGCAUAACACUGAAUCUAGAAUUUGGGACGGGAGAUUUACUCACUGGGGAGUUUUAAUGGGGAGGGCUUGACUGCUACUUGAUCAGCGUUGAUUUAAAGGGUUUAAAUGUAUAGGAUUCAGGAAGUGAGAUAAGGGUUCAUGCAAGGUCACAAGCCCCAGACCAUUGCCAUGCCGCUGAAGAAACCUAGUGGAUGCAGUAAAAAUAUUCAAAUUUGGAAAACGCCCAUCUUUCACUUUGCGUCAGAGGAUUACGUCUGACUGGGGAACCCUGCGGCACAAAUCCCACUGAGCGGCAUUUAAAAUGGAGUCCACCGUUUGAGAAUGUCUUGUCCCCUCUGCUGGCCUUAGGUUAGGCAACCCUGAACUUGCUCAUGGGUUUGAGACUUUCCCGUUUAAGUGAAACCCAACGCCAAGCUUUCAAAAUAGACCUGCCGUCGCACCUUAAACAAUUCAAAUCGUUAAUUUAUUUCAAGAGUCCAAAGGCAUCUGCACAGGGCAAAGGAUGGUGUUAAAGUGUAUGCCUAAGUAGGCCUUCUUUACCCAGCUUAAUGGCAAUAGUGUUUAUGUAGAACAAUCCCCAGACUUUAAAAUGUUGUAUCUUCUGGUCAAAGAAAUGUAUUGGUUUAUGUAUGUAUGUUUUUCUUUAUUUGCUGUUUGUGAGAAAAUGGGUUGGCGACUCAAGAUGGGAGGUGAAUGUACGCUUGGUAUUAUUGUUAAUGAUUAACAAUAUUUCGAAGGACUAUUGAAGAGUACGGCAGUGAACCCGCUGCAUAUAUAUUUAUCAUAACUGCAUUGUGUUUCUAUCGGCCCUAGUUGACGUUUAUAUUUAAGAUAAAAUAAUCUGUUCAAUCAAUGAGCCCUCAAAAAGGUUAACAGCAUCCGAAAGGUCAGAAUUGAUCUCUAAGGAUUAGGGUAUGAGUCCAUGAAAAAUCUUUAAUUGAUGUCAGGCUAGGCAGUAAGCUCCAACGUUUAAUUUUUUUUACUGUGUGUGAUCAUUCAAUGACUUCUGUUGGUAACAGAUAAUUUAAAGGGGAAAUAUUAUACCACCAGGUUUGAGUGUGAUUAGCCUUACAAGCCGUUUCGAAAAUCGGCCCCAUAUGAUAUCACUAGUGGGAGUGUCCGCCUAGAUCUGUGCUGGAUAGAUCAGUCUACCAGCCUACCCAGUUGGCUGAAGUAAACGUUGCUCCUCUAUCCAGCACAGAUCUAGCUGGACACGCCCACUAGUGAUGUCAUAUGGGGCAGAUUUUCGAAACGGCUUGUAAGGCUAAUCAUGCUCACACCUUUUGGUAUAAUAUGUCCCCUUUAAGAAGAAGAAGGAAACAAAGCAUUUUUUUCUGGUGCUUUUAUCCAAAGUGAGGGAGAAAUAUUCCGAUUAUUGGUGUCCGUUUAAUGUACACAGCCCUUCCUAGUAUCAUCCCUCCGGCCCCUACCUUUAAAUGACGUCAUAUUGCAAUGUGAUUUAAAAAUACUAAGUUAGUGUCAAUCCAGUGAUCUACCUCGUUAAUUCCCUCCUUUUCUGUUUUAAUUCCAUCUAUAGUAGAUAUUCUCUUCAACUUUCUAAUAACACACCGAAGGAUUCCUGUGCCAUAUUAUGUAAGUGCAGAAAUGCACUGCAGUUAAAACCAAGUCACUCAGGAAGCUGUGUGAUGGAUUUAUAGAGUACUAUAAUGAGUUUAUUGUAUACUUAUGUUAUCUUGUGCUUGUUUGUUGUCAGCGUUUUACCGCCACCCAUUUCCGUUUUUAAAUGAAACCGAUUAAAUCCUUUGUAAUGAAGUCUGCAUAGUUGUGUCACUACAAUAUACACUACCACUUUACGUUUUUCUAAAAUAUUUAAUUAUGUUCAUUUUUUUUUUCUCUUCUGCAUUAGAUUGGUAUGCAUGAUUAAUUAUAUUUAUGUAAAGUAGAGGUCUUCUCUCAAACAAGUAAAAGCACAAGGUUACUUAGGAUAACUCGGUGUAAAUACCAAUUCCAAGGGCAAAGGUUCCUCCUUAUUUCAGAUGUUUCUUUAGCGCUGUAUAUUUUCUUUCCUAUACUUGAAGAAACUACGGUAGUCAUUUGUACGAUUUCGGAAAUGUGAUGUAAUUUGAAGAGGACUACGUAAUGAGCUUUUAAAUGUAAAAAACGCAACGUGGUAUCUCCAUAAGAGCUCUUUGAAGCCAUGUCUUACUCUGUAACAAGAAGAAAUGGAUCAUUACGGUCCUCUCCUUUUGGUGGUAGCAUUGAUGACGUGAAUAAAGCCAUGAUCUCUCCAGUAACAA